AGUCAGUACAUGGAAUUAUUUAAACAAGCCAAGUGCAUCCUCCCAUGGGAGCCAGGAGGCACCCCACACCCUCAUUAUUAUAAAGCCUACUUCGCGUAGCCCCUAUUUGUUCACUCUGUUCCUGAGAGCUUCUUCUGUGUGGCCCUGUGUGGUAUGUGAUGCUGUCCUCCUCAGUCUUCAUCAGACACCCUUCACCACCUCCAUAGAUCCAUCCCACCGGAGGUCACAGAUCACACAAAACCUACAGAAACAGGAAAUCAAACUUCCUGAGUCCACUACAAAACACAGAAACCUAUUUCCUCUACACAAGUCAAAUUGGCAAAGCUCUGUCUCAGCAGAUCCAGUGUGGAAGCAGCUGUUGAAAACACUUGAAGGACUGUAUCUCCCAAUUUCACAUGAGCUUUCUUGCUUCAAACUACUGAGAUGAAGAGAGCAAGGCUAUUUAUCCUGCUUUCUAGUUUAUGGAAUGGGGGCUUUGGGCUUACCAACACCACGCAUACUUGGACUACCGCUGAGGAUGCAAGCUCCAGGGAGAACAUGGCCUCUGCUACGGUUGCUCUAAAUACAAUGCUGUCGACCCCUCAGAUCACGUCAGCUGAGAUCGCCACAGUUCCUGAGGCAAGAACCUCUGAAGAGAGUCUGCUAAAAUCAACUCUGCCUCCCUCAGAGACAGGUGCACCUCCUGGGAAUGUAAGAAACCCAACUCUCACACCCCCAGGGAAGACAGAAGGGGUGCUGAAGUUACAACCUCUCGCCCUCCCAACCAAACUUAGCCUCAAGUUCAGCCCAAGAGCAGAGUCGGUGGUCCUUUCCAACUCUACAAUGAAAUUUCUUCAGAGCUUUGCCAGAAAGUCGAAUCAACAAGCCAUCUCUCCCAACUCAGUGUCAGGCGGCCCGGGAAAUCGAUCCCCACGGGAAACAUACCUCAGCAGAGGUGACAGCGGUGGAAGCCAGAAAACCAACGAUCAAAAAUCAAGUUUUGAAACAACGAGAGGAAAGAAUUGGUGCGCUUAUGUACAUACGAGAUUAUCUCCCACAGUGAUACUAGACAACCAAGUCACUUAUGUUCCAAGUGGGAGAGGGCCCUGUGGCUGGGCCAGUGGAUCCUGUCCUCAGAGAUCUCAGAAGAUAUCAAAUCCUGUCUACAGGAUGCAACACAAAAUCGUUACCUCAUUGGAAUGGAAGUGCUGUCCUGGAUUCAGUGGAGCAAAAUGCCAGCUAAAAGCCCAGGAACAGCAGCACUUGAUACAGAGCAGCCAGGCUGAGAGUCACGGCGCUGUCGGCAGCGAGACAGCCGAGCCUCAGCGGCAGCAGCCCCAGCAGCAGCAGCAGCAGCAGCAAGACUGUGGUGACCCAGCAGUGACACAAAAGAUGACUGAGCAGAUGAACCACCAGGCAAUGAAACUGACCCUUCUCCAGAAGAAGAUUGACAAUAUUUCUUUGGCUGUGAGUGACGUAAGGAACACAUACUCCUCCCUAGAAGGGAAAAUCAAUGAAGAUAAAGACAGAGAAUUUCAAUCUUUUCUAAAAGGUCUAAAAUCCAAAAGCAUUAAUGAUCUGGUAAAGAACAUAGUAAGAGAGCAAUUUAAAAUUUUUCAAAAUGACAUGCAAGAGACUAUAGCACAGCUCUUCAAGACUGUAUCAAGCUUAUCAGAGGACCUUGAAAACACCAGGCAAAUAAUUCGACAAGUUAAUGAAUCUGUGGUUUCAAUAACAGUCCAGCAAAAGUCUGUUUUAAUGCUAGAAGACAGGCCCACUUUGACUGAUGUACUAGAUCUAAAAAAUCGCAUUGUGAAUAUAAGGCAAGAAAUGACUUUAACAUGUGAAAAGCCUAUUAAAGAACUAGAAGCAAAGCAGACUCAUUUAGAAGGUGCUUUAGAACAGGAACAUUCACGGAGCAUUUUGUAUUAUGAAUCCCUCAACAAGACUCUCUCCAAAAUGAAGGAAGUACAUGAGCAGCUUUUAUCAACUGAACAAGUAUCAGAUCAGAGGGGUGUUCCAGCUGCUGAAUCAGUUAGCGGUAACGUCACUGAGUACGUGUCUGCCCUACAUGAGACUAUAAAGAAGCACGGUUUGAUGAUGCUGCAAAUGUUUGAUGAUUUGCACAUCCAAGACAGCAAGAUUAACAAUCUCACCGUUGCUUUGGAGAUGGAGAAAGAAUCUAUCAGGGGUGAAUGUGAAGACAUGUUAUCCAAGUGCAGAAAUGAUUUUAAAUUUCAAAUUAAGGACACAGAAGAGAAUUUACAAGUUUUAAACCAAACAUUGGCUGACGUUAUCUUUCCAAUGGACAAUAAGAUGGAUAAAAUGAAUGAGCAGCUAAAUGAUUUGACUUACGAUAUGGAGAUCCUUCAACCCUUGCUUGAGCAGGCAGCACCGUUUAGAGAGACAGUGAUACAAGAACCACCAAAAGAAGCAAUAGCUACAAAGAAAAAAGUGGAAAACCUGAUUAGUGCUGUCAACAGUCUAAAUAUUCUUAUCAAAGAACUUUCAAAAAGACACAACUCGCUGAGGAAUGAAGUACAGAGUCGUAGUGAUGCCUUGGACAGACGUAUCAAUGAAUAUGCCUUAGAAAUGGAAGAUGGCCUAAAUAAGACAAUGACUAUUAUAAAUAAUGCUGUUGAUUUCAUUCAAGAUAACUACAUGCUGAAAGAGACUUUAAAUACAAUAAAGUAUAAUCCCGAAGUCCAUCAUAAAUGUACCCAAAAUAUGGAAACUAUUUUGACAUUUAUUCCUCAAUUCCAACGCUUGAAUGAUUCCAUUCAGAUGUUGAUCAAUGACAAUCAGAGAUACAACUUUGUUUUGCAAGUUGCCAAGGUCCUUGCAGAUAUUCCUAAGGAUGAAAAACUAAGUCAGUCCAGCUUUCAAAGGAUUUAUCAAAUGUUCAAUGAAACCGUUUCCCAACUCAUAAAGUACCAGCAAAAUAUGAGUUAUUUGGAGGAAAAAAUACUCUCAACCACAAAGAGUUCCAAAAAUUUUGAAACUAGGUUGCAAGAUAUUGAGACUAAAGUGACCAAGACAAUCAUUCCUUAUUAUGUUUCACUAAAAAAAGGCAGUGUGACUACAAAUGAAAGAGACCAGGCUCUUCAACUGCAGGUACUAACUUCCAGAUUUAAGGCUCUGGAAGCAAAAUCCAUCCACCUCUCAGUUCACCUCACUUCACUUAACAAAACUCUAUCUGAAGUUUUAAUCAUGUGUCAUAAUGCUUCUACACGGAUCUCAGAACUGAAUGCAGCCAUACCUAAGCAGAUAGAAAGUUCCCUGCCUGAUCUUCAGCUUCUUCAGAAAGGUCUGACAGAAUUUGUGGAAUCAAUAAUUGAAAUAAAAACUCAGAUUGCCAUAUCUAAUUUAACUUGGUAUGUAAAUCGAGCACUGUCUGAUAGCCUCGCCAAUGUUGUCAAGUCUCAGAAGCAAAUAAAACCAAUACUGAAGAAACCCAAUUCACUUAAAAAACCAACAGUGAAUCUUACCACUGUCCUGAUAGGCCGGACCCAAAGAAACACAGACAACGUUCUAGUUCCUGAUUUGUUUGUACAGCAAUUGGCAGACUCGUCCCUGCAGAGAGGGUUUGGCCGCUUGCCUUCUACGAGGAGCUCAGUCCUGCUGUAACACAUCCAUAUCGGCGGCAGGACUGAGGACGAGCACCCGCUGCUCGUGAGACCACCGACGUUUUAUUGGACCGAUAAUCCCGAUAUUUACCAGAUAUACUUAACUCUCACAAUAAACCUCUUUUACUCAUAAUUGCCCUUUAACUACUCCUUUUAAGAAAGAUUACAUUCCACCUAAGACUUGGUCGUGUACCAAAUACAACUUUUUAAAAUUAUCGUUGUUGAGGAUAUAAGGAAUUUAAAAGAGAAAAAAAUAAAAGCCUGGGUAUCAAUAAAGGUGUCAAUUGUUGGAAAAAUCAUGAGCUGGACAAGAAACUGGGAAUAUAAAGGAAAAGAAAGCAAGGCUUGGCUCAGAAACUGUAAUUUUACUUUAACAAAAGUUGAUAGUGGAGGAUGUACCGAUAGAACAAUGUGAUAUUUGGUGGUGGUUGUGUUUUAUGUAUUUUUAAUGUUUUUUAUUUUUCAUGUGCUUAUGAACAUUGCAUUGUUAUGAAACUAUUUUGAAUGCGAAAGAAACAUACCAAAAUGUGUACUAAGCACUAAAUGAGUGUUCUAUGUCUUCAUUAUUAUAAGGGUUGAGUUUCUUAUCGAGAACUGGAUGUUUGGGCAAAUAUCAUGUAAGAGGUAGAUUUGGGCUGAAUAUUCAUUCAAUCAGCCAUUUACAUCCUGUGUUGAGUGUACUGUGUUCAGAUUCAUUCUGUUGGUAACAAAAAUUUUUAAGCAGGAAUAUGGCUAAUUAUGUAUGUGCAUUAUUAAGUUUGAGUUCUUCAGACAGACCAGUUAGAAAAUCAUUAUAACAGCUCUGGCAUGAAUAAAUGAAGAUCUCAACUAGGUGAUAGAGACAGGACUAAAAUGGAGGCUGGGAGUGCCUGUUAAAUGUGAAUAUUUAUUUAGUAGAAAAGAGCUAAUUGAAAAUACGAUUCCUUAGAAUGAAGAAAAUACCAAAGUUUGAAUAAAGCAUCCCUGAUAGGAAGUUGAUUGAAUGGAAAUAGGAAUGUUAAGGAGAAAGUACAAAUGUUUACAGGAAGAGAAGUUUAGUCUUUGACACAUUAGUUUGAAGAUCUAUUAUGUCUAUGGAAAAGUCCAUAAGUUAGUUAGUAAUGUAGGCUUGGAACCAGAAGAUGCUUUGCAGCUAAAAGUUGGAAUUUAGUUGCACAGAGGUAAUAUUUGAGGACACAAAAGCAAACUAGAUAGAAAAGAGAAAGAAAAGACCAAAGAUACAAACGGGGGGAUUUCCUAUAAGCAGGAGAGAGAGAGAGGAGGGAAAGAGAGAGAGAGAUCACUGAAGGAGAAAAGACGAGUGAUAAGACCCAGGGAUGUGGAGGGAUGUGCAGUUUGUGAGUUUUGACAAAUGCAGUCAUGUAAUCACCACAACAGUCAAGACAGAGAACAUUUCCACCACUCCCUGAAAUUUCCUUAUGUACCUUCGUAGUUAGACCCUACCCCCACUCCCAGUCCCUCGCAAUAAGUGUGGUCUGUUGUCACCCCUCACAGUUUUAUCUUUUCCAGAAUUUUUUAUAAAUGAAAGCCGUGUACUUCGGCUUCCAGUCUGCCUUCUUUCAUAGUAUACUAUGAGAUUCCACGUUGUUGCAUGUAUUCCUUUUUAUUAGCAAGUAACAUUCCACUGCAUGGACGUACCACAGUUUGUCCAUCCAUUUACCAGUUGAAGGGUAUUUGGGUUGUCUCCAGUGUGGGGUGAUUAUGAAUAAAUCUGCUGUAAACAUUCACACACCGGUUCUUGUGAGCACACAAGUUCUCAUUUCCCUUGAAUAAAUAUAUAGCAAUAGCAUAGCUUGCUUAUAAAUAAGCAGAGUUUUAAUUUUAUAUGUAAUGGCCAAGCACUUGCCAUUUCCACUAGUAAUGUACGAGAAUUGCUCCACAACCUUACCAAUACUUGGCAUUGUCAAUAUUGUUUAUUUUACUGUUUUAAUAGG